AUGCAAGCACUCCCACCCAUUUCUGAGAACAGUGUAGGCUGUCUGAUAACUGGCAGGCUUCGAGCUGCCCUUAUAAAGUUGUUCCACUUGUGCAUACUUCCUCAUUCUGCUAGUUUGUCAGUGAAGAUGAAGCUCCUCAUUUACAUAGUCUUGCUGAAGUCAACUCUCCUUGCUUUGACAAAUGUUUUUGCAGUUAUUUUAGAAGAAGAAGAGAAUGCUAAAGAAGCAAAACUUACUGAAACUUGUCCCAUAAAGCUCAAAGCUAAUCGGAAAUGUGAUGAAGGAGAGGAUUGUCCUUAUCAGAUAAAUUUGCCUCCGAUGACCAUCCAGAUACCCAAAGAAUUCAAACUGCUUGAGAAGACUCUCAAAGAAGUACAGACCCUUAAAGAAUCAGUAAACAAGCUGAAAAAAUGCUGCCAAGAUUGCAAGCUGCAAGCAGAUGACAACCAGGAAAGAGACAGAAGUAAUGAAUUCCUGCUACCCAACACUGCAGAAAACAGCGAAAGCCAAGAUAACAGAGUACAGGAACUGCAAAGCAAAGUUAACAGAAUGGCAACAAGCUUAAAAAAUGCAAAGAGCCAGAUUCAGACACUGCAGGGUCGUUUAGAGAAGCUGAGCCUCAUAAACAUGAACAAUGUGGAACAUUAUGUUGACAGCAAAGUUGCAAAUUUGACAUUUGCUGUGAAUAACCUGGAUAACAAGUGUUCUUCUAAGUGCCCAGCAAUGCAAGCAAAACCUGUUAUACAAAUAAUGCAGAGAGACUGUGCUGACCAUUACACAGCAGGGAGAAGGAGUAAUGGAAUCUACAGGAUUAGCCCUGAUCCCAGAAAUGGGAGCUUUGAAGUUUACUGUGACAUGCAAACACAGGGAGGCGGCUGGACAGUGCUGCAGCGGCGUCAGGAUGGCAGCACUAACUUCAACAGAACCUGGAGUGACUACAAACAUGGCUUUGGAAACCUCAGCAGGGAGUUCUGGCUAGGCAAUGACAAAAUUCACCUCCUGACAAGGAGCCAGGAAAUGCAACUGAGGAUUGAUCUGGAAGAUUUCAAUGGGAUCAGAGAAUAUGCCAAAUACGAGCACUUCUACGUGGCCAACGAGUACCUCAAGUACCGCCUGAGCGUGCACGGCUACAGCGGCACCGCCGGAGACGCCCUCCACUACAGCAGGCACUACAACCACGACCAAAAGUUCUUCACAACCCCGGACAGGGACAACGACAGGUAUCCCUCAGGAAACUGUGGUGCCUACUACAGCUCUGGCUGGUGGUUUGAUGCCUGCUUGUCAGCCAAUCUCAACGGCAAGUACUACCACAAGAAGUACAAAGGCGUUCGCAAUGGCAUUUUCUGGGGCACGUGGCAUGGUAUUUCUGAUGAUACUCCCACUGGAUAUAGGCAACCCUUGAAAUCAGUAAAGAUCAUGAUCAGACCCAAAAGUUUUGUGCAGUAA